AUGAUCGUCACCGAGUUUGGUGCCGCGGGCGUCAAGCCCGGCCUCAACAUCAUGGAUGAGUCCACACCAGAGGGCCAGACAUACAUGAGCGUCUAUCGCAAGAUUAUCGUGGCACCUGGCGCUCCCUAUCGAUUGUAUCUGGCAGUCGAACUUGAAGAUUCAUCCAUGUCCUGGGGCUUCUUCGAUUGGGACUCAAUUGAGCACCACGAGAAGUUUGCCAAAGAAUAUGGUGCAGAGCUGUGCAAAGACUUGCACAAAGUUCUGACAUACGGAGAAUUCUGCAAGCACAUCAACGCCACGUCAAGCCUCCCAGAUGCGCUGAAGUCCGUCGUGACUGAUGUUUUCAUCAUCUACUUUCCUUCAGACAUCACCCCUGAAGCGAAAAACGUGGCGACUACACGGUUGCAGGAGAUUAUUAAGGAAGGUUUCGGACAAGUGCCUGAGGUGACCGCCACCAGCUAUGGUUGGGGAGUUCAGGACAAUUUUCCCGUGAAGGGAGGAGACCCCAAUCAGACAGGGUCCAUCUUGGCAGCUUUCGUCGGCUGGUCCAAUCUUGAGGCAAAUGAUACCUUUCAUCAUUCAGAGACCUAUGAGGACAUUGAAAGAAAGCUUGAAGAUAUGGAAGGGUUGAUCAAAUUGAGACCUUUCCGGCUCAGAUGCACUGUGCUUGAGAAAGAGGCACAGUAA